GCUCACACGGCCACGCACUGUGGAGUAGUGGGGCAUUGCCGGUGGCUCUCUGUGCUCUUUACCGGGUUUUCUGCCGCACCGUUUGCACAUUGGACCCGCUUGGGCUGAGAGGAAAGUCAAGAAGAGAAGAGAAGAGAAGAAGCAACUACUGGAGCUACCUGCAGGAGUGUCUUAUCCGUGCAGGACUGGGCACAAGUGAAAACACCUGCCUGGAGGCGAUAGUGAGACUUGCAUACAUAAAAUGUACUUUUUUCUUUUGGAUUAAUGUAUGCCUACCCAUAUGAAUCAAAACUAGUGAUUUUUAGCGUAAAGAAGAAACAGAAAAGGGACCUUCGUGCCAGAGAAGACUUUUUGCACCUGAAUGUCCAGCAUUAAGAUUCUGAAACUUCACGUGUCCCGAAAGACAAAACUGAUGUGAUGUGUUUUGGGACCUGAGUAACACAGCUGUUUGGAAGUACGAGCCCUGCAGCUGAGAUUGAAAACACGUUUCUUUAACGUUUCCCUUAAAAAAGCAGAAGAAUAGAAAGGAGAACCCUGCAGGAGAGAGUAGGAUAUGGAUGGUGUUGGGUCUGAAAUCAGUGAGUCGGAGCAGCUUGCAGCUGUGAUGCACUGUGCAUCUGACCCGCGACGUUUCACACCAUGAUACGGGAGAAAAACUGCACCUGACAACGAAUGUAACAUACCUGAACCCAAAUCCACAAGGAUGUCCUCACUACUGACGAGGAAGCUGACUCUGUGCCAGGCCCUGACCUUUGUCCUGCUGCUGGUUGCUCCCGUCCGCCUGUCGUCAUCGCAGAGUUCCUGGAUUUCUGCGUGGGGUCCUUCCGGUGAGUCCUCAUCAGGGCGUCUGGUGCGUGCCCGACGGCAGCUGCACUUCAGGAACGAGUGGGCGACGUGGAGCGGCUGGUCUGUCUGCUCACGUAGCUGUGGGAGCGGAGCCUCAGUGAGGACACGAACCUGCAUCACCAGGAACGCAGUGGGUGGACCAUGUGCAGGAGAUCCCAGACAAUACAAAAUCUGCAACACCAAGGAGUGCCCCGCCAGCUCGGAGGAUUUCAGAGAGAUGCAGUGUGCUGCCUACAAUGACAGACCGUUAGUGGCUGGAAACUCCUUCAGAUGGACCACCUUUCAUGGAGGCUCUAACCCCUGUGAACUGAGCUGCCUGGCCUUGGGUCACAACUUCUACUACAACUUUGGCCGUGUGCUCGAUGGCACAGCCUGCGACACGGAGCCUGGAGCGGUGUGUGUCAACGGACGCUGCCUGAAGCCCGGCUGUGACUCCAUCUUGGGUUCAAAGCAGCAGGAGGAUGCCUGCAUGGUGUGUGGAGGACAAAACACCACCUGCCUGCACCACAAGAACGUGUACCAGAGCAACGGUCUGGAGGCAGGCGGACCUUUUGGAUACAGCGAAGUGGCCAUGAUCCCAGCUGGAGCAACUCACAUCCGAGUCACUGAUAACAGCAGGAAUUAUCUAGCGCUCCAGAACGGUCGCUCCCAGUUUCUGAUCAACGGUAACUGGAAGAUCAGCAUUCCAGGCGAGUACAAUGUAGCCGGGACGAAGCUGCUGUACCGGCGCUCUGCAGACACCUGGGAGAGCUUUGAGGUGCCAGGACCCACCCAGGAAGACCUCCAUCUAAUGGUGCUUGCGACAGACAGAAACCCGGGGAUCGAGUAUGAGUACUGGUUGCCACCGGACCAAUACGCCCUCCAUCAUGGGAGGAGGAGUCCACUGCGUCAAGCUCACCACACUGCCAACUACCUCCCCUGGGAUCAACCAGCCACUGCAACCACCUUUACCGCCACCACCACCCGGGCUCCUCCUGUCACCACUCGACCCCACUGGUUUUUAAGACCUGUGAAACCGCCGCGCCAAUCUUCCCACCACAACCGCCACAGGAGCCCUCACCAGCCCAUCCUGCCACGCCUGGAGCGGGAGGAGAACCACAGAAACCUCCUGCCUCAGCCCUCACCUGGAAGGAAUUGUGGGAAAUGUCGGCGGGUUAAGGGUCGAAGGGAGCGGCAGAGACAGUAUUGCCAGAAGGACUUUGUUUUCCGGGGCAAAGUCCUUGGGAAGCUGUACAGAGGUGAGGAGACGCGUUAUGACGUCCAGAUCAUCCACACCUACCGGAAUAGCUUCCGCCUAGAGCACCGGGAGUUCUUGUGGGUUCCUAAUGUGUGUGACUGCCCCCACCUAGAGGAGGGGAAACAGUAUAUACUGAUGGUGCGUCGUCACAUUAACUAUGAGCACACGUUAAACCGCAUCCUGAUGGAGGAGGAGAGCUACGUGGUGCCGUACAGACCCAGAGAGGACGAACUGCUGCGACCGCUCGAAAGACUCUGCAGCAACAGAGGACCCAAACAGCCAGGAGAACUGAGGGGAUGAGUGUAGAGACCACCCACUGCGUGAGUAUGUGGGCGUCAGAGAAUGAAGCUCAUACUGAAGCUUUAUUCACUUCCACUGUUUUAGUUCUGGACCUUCGCAACAUCGUCAGACUCCAUGUGAUCCAUGUGAUGGUCUGAUGGAUUCCAGAGUGGCGUCACUGGAGAAAAAUGACAGUUGGAUAGUCGACAGACAGUUUCAGCCUCAUUUGAAACUCUCCACCAAAACCAAAAUGACUACCAGCUUACUGUACCACAUAGAGCACUUUAGGUGGAUGCUUGUGCCCACCUUUAAACACAUACCAAAGAGAAGAACACUGACUGAAAUGGCCUUUUUGUUAUUGCUGUUUUUCCACAGCUAUCACCGUUUUUAUAUUAUUGUAUUUUUGUGUGAAUAAAAUGAGGAAAAUCCACCUCAAAACUUUAAACAGCUACUUAAAUCCCAUUGAACACCAUUCUGACUUUGUUUCCUGCUUGUUUCUGGUUAUUCAUUGCCCCAGAUAUUUACAGCAGCUCAGUAGAGUUGGUGUAGCAGCGAAUGUUUUAGUUAUCUAAAAUUUUGUGUUACAGAGUGAGACCAUCUUUCUGGAGCUGCCAUAACAUAACUGAUGGCCAUUACAUAAACCUAAAGACCUAAAGACUCCAGUGUCUCUAUGUUAAGGAACAUUGAGGAUAUCAUUGAAAAUGGGAAUUUUCAGCAACAUUUCAGAUACUCCUCCCACGUCUCUUUCUCCACUAUGCAAUGAAGAUUCUAACUUUAACAAUUUUAAAUGACAUUUUAACAUACAUAUCUCUGCUAUCACCCAUCAUUAUCUGUCCUGCAGUUAAAUACGACAAGUUCUAUACUUGUGGUUCUUGAAGGGCAUCUUAGAAAAGCAGAAUUUAAUAGUGAAAACAUUGAUUUACUCCUGAUUAUGCAAUCAGGAUUUAGAGGUGGAUUUUUCUUUUAGAUUUCACUCACGAUAUAGUAACAACAUAUUGCUUGACAAUGUAUUUAUGUAUAAAAAAUAAGCUUAAACCAUAACACAUUACUUGUGUGUCACUUGUUUAACGUCUUUCACAGUGUUUGUGUUGCUUUUUUGUGGUAUUAAUUUUUUUUUACAGUGUGUUAAAUCAGGUCUACUUUAAGUGAAAGAGAUUAUUAAAUAUACUGUAUUUUACUGUGUGGCACGGAUUAGCUACAAAUAUACUAAAGUUUAAUUUUACUAUAAAUGUUAAAAAACAACUUUAUUAGUCAGUUAACUUCUGUGCCUUGUGUUAUGCAUUUGAACAUUUUCUCUCAAACCUCAUCUGCAUGUGCCAAAAGAAUUUCUUUGCACAUUUGUCCAUAGAGUGUAAAAAGAUAAUGACCCACAUUUCUUAAUGUAAAGUGAUUGUAAGUGUAUGCUAUUUUACAAUUUAUCACACAGCACACAGUUUAACAAACCAGACAUGAAAACAGCAGCAUUUGUAAGAAAACAAUGUAUUUACAAAAUAUUUCACAUCUACAACAACGGACACACUACAUUGUGUGUGUGAGUGUGUGUAUAUAUAUAUAUAUAUGAACCAGAUUUCUGUUCAUUAACUGUAGGAAAAGUCCUCACAGACACUCGGCUCAGUAUUCCUUCUGUAAAGGGGAGCACUGUAGAAACCAGUUCCAGGUUUCCACAUAUAAACGUGAACAUCUGAGGAACAGGGGGGCUAUUUUAGAUUCACAACACAGUUAACCUUAGCGUUUUGCAGACAUGACUACUUCAUCUGAAGGCAUGAGACAGAAAGCUUCUAUCCUCUGGAAGUAAGCUUUAGUUUUGAGCACUCUUGGUUAAAAUAGAGUGACAUAAACAAAAUGUAAACAAGCAUCAAUCCUGUCUGGCCAUUAUUAAUGACUUUAGAAGUGAAUGAUGUGCUGUAAAGCAACAUAAAGCAAGCAUGCGACUUGUUCUUGAUUGUAGGUCAAAUGCGAAGUAUUUUUGCCACAAUUUAAGAAAACUCUUGUGCUGAACUUUGAAGAACAUCAUACAUUUCUGUUUAGCUGCCUCGCGCUGUCAGACCUUCUGUCACUAAGCAUUUAAAAUUAAUCUUGUGAAAAGAUGCAGAGAAAAUACUGAGGAAGAGGAUCUGUUCUUCCCGGCAUCCUGGACACUUUAGGUUAGAGUAGUUACACAUGAACAAAUCUUUCUUUGGCUUUGGCUGGAAAUAAGAACCAAUCUUUAAGCUGCCUAAUUGACAGGUAUACGAGAUGAACUUCAUAAUUUAAUAUAAAAGGAUGCAAUUAAAUUUGUUCUGUAUGUACAUUUUCUGGUUUGUAACUGUUAGCACUAAAUGAAAUAAAGUUCAUGCAAUUAUU